UCCUCUUUUCAUGACACUUUCCAGUCCAUGGUUUUUUUUUUACUAAAGGAGGAUUGUUAUUGAGAAAGCAAAAAUAUGUCCAAUUUUUGGGAGGAUUUACGACGCAAGGGGAAAGUGCUUGAUGAGGGUAUUAAACGUUUGGAUAGACAAUGGGAAACACCUCAUAUCUUUAUUAGUAAAUAUGGAGAGCUGGUGGAAGAGGCAAGCGAGCAUUUGGAACAUUUUUUGGAUACGAUGAAAGAUAUCCAUGUACGUAAAUUGUUUGAUGUAUUGAUAUUCGGGAUGAAAUAAUUGGUGACAAUUUGCCAAGAGAUAAUUACAUGAUGGACCUGUUAAAAUUCUCAGAUGAUUGUAAAAAUAUUUAUGAGGACUUGGGAGAGCAAGUUUAUGAGAUCGAAGAAGUUCUCACUGAAUUUGGAUAUGAAAGACUUGCCCAAUCUAAUGAAGAAAAAAAAGCUGAUGAUAACAGCAGCAUUUUGAACCCAGACAUGAUGGAAAGUCUUGAAAUUUCGGACGGAUUCUACAAGGAUGAUGACAAUAUUGAGGACGAGCAGGAAAAUGUUUCUCCUAACAAAAUCAAUGAAACGGCAAUUCCCAAAUUUAUUGCCACACCCGUCAUUAAGAGUGUUGCUUCCCUGAAGAAUAAAAUAUCGGAUAAAAAAAACCCCGAAACAUUAACUCCAUCAGUAGGUUAUCCUCAAGAGCCUGCUUAUUCUCCGUAUUACUACAAGCCAUAAAAUUAUGCCUAUUUUCAUUUUUUUUAACAAUGACUAAAUAAUUUUGUAAUAAAGAAUUGGUGUAAAUGAAGAUUUUAUUUUCAUAUAUCAUAUAUGAUUUGUACCGGGUGCCACGGAAUAUUAAAUAAGGACCGUGUUCAUUCAUUCAGUGGCAAGUGUUACGAGUAUUUCAGUGAAUCUCUCUCGGAAAGUAUUAUCAUCCUUAUCUGUUACACUGACAAGAAUUUAAUUCAAUUGUACGACACCUUUUUAUACAUCGUUGAUAUAAUAGAAAAUAUAAAUGAAAAUAGAAAAUUUCCAUUUUAUUUUGUCGUCUUGUAUUUUUAUUGAGUGAAAGCGGUCUGAAGUACAACAUAACCCCUUUGGAUAUGGAAUAGUGUACUAUUUUGUAAUGGGUGAGCAAUUAUGUCAGGGGAAAGAUGUCUUCGAACGGAUGAACUACCUCUUGCAAGCUGGUCAGCUGUUAUCAUCAAUGAAGGAUUUUGUAGGUAGUUCCCUGUGUGGAAAUAUGAUGGUCAGCUGUGGAAAACGAUCGGUCCUCAGAAUGGAACCCGACAUCAAACGAAGCAUCUGCAAGUGCUGUCAAACUCCUCUAAUAGCUGGUGAAUCGGCUAGAGUUAGAUUGAUAUCGAAACCAUUGAAAGCUGUGAAAUUUACGUGUCUAGUUUGUGGAACGACAAAAAUGAUCCCAACGAAAAGGGCAUAUAAAUUAUGGACUGAUCAACCCGAGGCUGUAAUUAAAAUUUUUCAUUACACUCCAAAAUGCGUUGUAGCCAUCGAUCAUGAUGUGGAGAAAAUUGUCACGUCCGAAGGACUAACAGUCAAACAAGGUAAUACAACGGAUGAUGCUAUUUUAAAAGAAAAAUUGAUAAUUCAAGGACCAAUUGGACCAAAAAAAAUCGACUUAAGCGGGUGAAAAAUAAUUUUCAUCCUUGUCAAUGUAAUUUGCGUACGAAUAUCUUUGUAAUAAUCGCUUACAUAAAAUAUGUUACAGUAUUACAAUUGAUAUUGUAAUCAAUAAACAGACAAUAAUUUUUUCUA